AUGUAUUCCAAACUCGCACCAGUCCUCGGCUCCUUGGCCAUUGCCUCGCUCGUUGCAGCAGUCCCCGUCGACGUUGAGAAGCGCGAUAUCUGGUUUGGCGGCCGUAAGCCCCACCUCGAGAACUACCAGGGUGGCCAGCCUUCAGCCUCAGCCUCUGCCUCGUACAGCGCUGCCAACGGCUACUACACCCCAUCAGCAACCAGCGGCAGUGGCUCAUGGUCCACCGGUGCCCCGCCGUCGUCGUCCUCGGGCUCCAGCGAUGGCAGCAGCAACCCGUUCAGCUUCCCGCUGUCCAACGGCUUCCCCAACAUCCAGAACCCCUCGUCCCAGCUCACGGCCAUUGAGUCUCAAGCCCACGGUCUCUUGCCCAACGGGCCUCCACCGCCAUCGCCCCCUGCCGAUGACGAUCUCAAAUCAUUGAGACUGAUUGCCUUCAAUGAGCUGUUUGAGGUUGCCUUCUUCACUGAACUCCUCUACAACGUGACCCACAAUGUCGCCGGGUACCAGUUCCAGGACCAGAACCAGCGACAGACCAUCAUUGACGCCAUCACCGCCGUCCAAGCCCAAGAGGAGCUCCACGCCCUGAACGCCAACGGCGCCCUCGCCCACUUCAACGCCGGCCCCAUCCAACCCUGCAAGUACGAGGUGCCCGUGUCUGACUUCAAGAGCGCCAUCAACCUGGCCAAGACCUUCACUGAUGUCGUCCUCGGAACCCUCGGUGACGUCCAGACCCAUUUCGGCCAGAACGGUGACAACGGCCUCAUCCGCGGUGUCGCUGCAGUCAUUGGCCAAGAGGGUGAGCAGAACGGUUUCUACCGCAACUUGCUUGGUCUCAUCCCCAGCGGUGCUCCCUUCUUGACUGCCUCCACCCGCGAGUUCGCCUUCUCUGCCUUGAACCAAGACUUUGUUGUUGCCGGCUCCUGUCCCAACAUCAACACCAUUGACCUUCCCAUCUUCGGUGCCCUGAACGUCUUGACCCAGAACAUCCAACCCCAGGACCAGCAACUCCAAUUCUCCUUCACCGCCACCGGUGCCUACUCCCAGUAUGCCAGCAACUACCACAGCCUGAGCUUGGUGUACAUCAACCAGCAGAACGUCCCCGUUGUUGAGCCCAUCACCCAGGCCACGGUCAGCGGCAACACCGUCACCUUCUCCGCGAACUUCCCCUUCACUGAGAACGACAUGUUCGGUCUGACCAUCGCCGCCGUUGUCGAGGGAUCCGGUCCCUUUGCCACCGUCACUGAUGUUGCCGCCGCCACCAAGUUUGGCCCUGGCUUGAUCGAAGUCAACUAA